CAUUUUAUGAAGUACUUGUAUUUCCUCCAUAAUUUCAAUAAAAAAAAUACAUAAUCCAAAAGUAGUCCUACAUCACAAAAUCCACUUGUUUUGCUAGUGCUUUGCCGCAAGGGCCACACAAGGUGCAUAGUCACCCAACUUCUUCACUACUCAAAAUCUUUUUUCUUUCUUGUUUUCCUUCUCAUGGUGGAAAGUGGACACACUCAACCGUCCAAUUCCACAAAAUAAAGGAUAAAUUCAGUGUCUAAUCUUCAUUAGCUGGUAAAUACACUUUAUAAUUACAUCUUUAAUCUUUGUUUAAUUAUGUCUUUUUGUGCAAUUAAGUGUAUUUAUGAAAUGGGAUCUGUUUAUAUGUUUGUUAUCUGUUGAGUUUUUUUUUUUAAUUUUUUUCCAAUUUUUUGAGUACCCUAGAUUGAUAUAGAAUAUUUGGAGGAUACCCAAUUGGGAAUUUCUCCCAUUUUUGUCCUUGUAAUAAAAUAAAUGGGUACUUUGCUUAAGAUUCAUAAUAAGUUUGAAUUUUGCAACCCAAUUCAAGGGUUUUCUGAGAAAUGGGGUAAUUUGAGUUUUUCAAAGGGACAUCAAUGUUGUAUUAGAAAGCCCCAUAAAAAAUGGUGCAAAAAUGGGUUAGUUAGAGCCAGUAGUAGUACCCUUUUGGAGCUUGUUCCAGAGACCAAGAAGGAAAACCUUGAUGUUGAGCUUCCCUUGUAUGACCCAUCAAAGGCUAAGGUGGUAGACCUUGCUGUUGUGGGAGGUGGCCCUGCUGGACUUGCUGUUGCACAGCAAGUUUCCGAGGCGGGUCUCUCGGUUUGUGCGAUCGAUCCUUUCCCUAGAUUGAUAUGGCCUAAUAACUAUGGUGUUUGGGUGGAUGAAUUUGAAGCUAUGGAUUUGCUUGAUUGCCUUGAUACUACUUGGUCUGGUGCUGUUGUUUACAUUAAUGAGGGGUUGAAAAAGAAUCUUGAUAGGCCGUAUGGAAGGGUGAAUCGGAAGCUACUGAAGUCGAAAAUGAUGCACAAAUGUAUAUCGAAUGGGGUGAAAUUCCAUCAAGCAAAAGUUAUAAAAGUCAUCCAUGAGGAAUCUAAAUCUUUACUUAUAUGCAAUGAUGGAGUCACAAUUCAAGCUUCUGUGGUUUUGGAUGCAACGGGGUUUGCUCGAUGCCUCGUGCAGUAUGAUAAGCCAUAUAACCCUGGCUACCAAGUUGCUUAUGGCAUUUUGGCUGAAGUUGAAAGUCACCCUUUUGAUGUGGAUAAGAUGUUAUUCAUGGACUGGAGAGACUCACACUUGGAUGGUAAUAUGGAAUUAAAAGAGAGAAAUAGCAAGAUUCCAACUUUCCUAUAUGCUAUGCCAUUCUCUGCUAAUAGGAUAUUCUUGGAGGAAACUUCACUUGUUGCGCGGCCUGGUGUUCGUAUGGAAGAUAUUCAACAAAGAAUGGAAGCUCGAUUGAAGCACCUUGGUAUAAAAGUGACGCGCAUUGAGGAGGAUGAACGCUGCGUGAUCCCUAUGGGUGGACCCCUUCCAGUGCUCCCGCAAAGAGUUGUGGGAAUCGGUGGGACUGCUGGUAUGGUGCAUCCUUCUACUGGGUAUAUGGUGGCUAGAACUUUGGCAGCAGCUCCGACUGUUGCCAAUUCAAUUGUUCAAUAUCUUGGCUCAGAAAGAAGUGAUCCUGGAAGUGAAUUAUCUGCAGGAGUGUGGAGAGACUUAUGGCCUAUAGAGAGGAGGCGACAAAGGGAGUUCUUCUGCUUUGGCAUGGAUAUUCUGCUCAAGCUUGAUUUGCCGGGUACAAGAAAGUUUUUUGACGCAUUUUUUGAUCUAGAACCACGAUAUUGGCAUGGAUUCUUGUCUUCUCGGCUAUAUCUUCCAGAGCUUAUUGUUUUCGGGUUGUCUCUUUUUGCUCAUGCCUCUAACUCUUCUAGGCUAGAAAUAAUGACAAAAGGAACUUUUCCUUUGAUAAAUAUGAUCAACAAUUUAGUUAAAGAUAGGGACUGAAUAUGUUUAAUGUUUUGUUCAUGUCAUAUGUGAUCAUACAUACAGGUCAUCUUUUUCAGCUAGUAAAUGUGUAAUAUAAAUUGUCAAUUACUGUCAGUGUUCUCCUGGCUGUAUGUAUAGCCUUCUUGAUACAUGCAAUCGUUGUUGAAGAUC